AAAAAACGAAUGGAAAACACGCAACCUCGAUGCAAGGUGACAACAAAUUCAAAGGAUGUUUCUACAAAUAAAGUUGAAAAUUACCCACAAUAAUCCGGAUCCUCUUGCAUUGAAAUGGAACCGCAAACACAAGCGUCUCCGCUGGACCAACUUAAGACUCAAGUUCCGGUGCCAACAGAACCAGCCCGGAAAGCUCCUCCUGUUCGUCUACGCGUUUCUCGAUCAUUUAAUGCUCAGGGUGAUAAAAAGCAAGAGGAGCGGCAGAACGUAUUGAAAGCUCGAAAUGCUCCUUCUGUUCCACAAAAGCCCCAACGCGUGUGUCGGGAAAAUGAUGCUCAGGCCGAUAAAAAGGAAAUGGAGCAGCAGAACUUCAAGGAAGUUUUCGGGACAACCACCACUGGACCGUUGACCGAAACAGCGCAAACCACCCCUGGCGUUGCUGGCAUAGAGCAAGCGUCCUAUCAGAGAAGCGAAGAUAGCCCUAGACAGCAAUCAGAACAGAAUGCAGUCUUCUUUAUUUCGCCUAACGUUACCGUGGAAAAAGGAUUCCCGACGGAAGUUUCCGACGGCCCAGCGAUGGGUGACAUGGCGGGGACCGCCGCUGUCACCGCUGACAUCCCCGAGACGGAGGGAGUGGCCAGCCAAAGGAGAACAGAUACCCUUAAUCAUCAGGUGGGACAGACCGCGCUUGUCGUCAUCCCGCCGGAUGUUACCGUGUAUAAGGGUUCCCCGACAAAAGAUUCCGACGGCCAAGCGAUGGGUAUCAUGACGGAGAGCACCGUCGUCACCGCUGAAUCACCCGCUGACAUCGCGGGGACGGAGGACGUAGUCAGCCAAAGGAGUGCCGAUACCCCUAAACAUCAAAAGGAACAGACCGCGCUCUUCGCCAUCCCGCCGGAUGUUACCGCUAACUAUUCCGACGACCCAGCGAUGGGUAUCAUGGCGGAGAGGACCUUCGUCACCGCUGACAUCGCCGGGACGGAGGACGUAGUCAGCCAGAGGAGUACCGAUACCACUAAACAUCAGAAGGAACAGACCGCCCUCAUCGUCAUCCCAUCGGAUGUUACCGCGUAUAAGAGAUCCCCGACAAAUGAUUCCGACGGCCCAGCGAUGGGUAUCAUGGCGGAGAGCACCUUCGUCACCGCUGACAUCGCCGGGACGGAGGACGUAGUCAGCCAAAGGAGUGCCGAUACCCCUAAACAUCUGAAGGAACAAACCGCGCUCAUCGUCAUCCCGCCGGAUGUUACCGCGUAUAAGGAAACCCCGACAAAAGACUCCGACGGCCAAGCGAUGAGUGACAUGACAGAAAGCACUGACGUUACCGGUGGCAUCGCCGAAACGAAGGAAGUGGCCAGCCAGAGGAGAAUCGAUACCCCUAAACAUCAGUCGGAACACACCGCGCUUGACGUUAUCCCGCCGGAUGUUACCAAGUAUAAGGGAACCCCGACAAAAGAACAUAGCGGGGAUAUCCAAAUAAACUUGCUUCGCCGUCUUGGACUUGAAGAAAGAUUCGAACACAAUUUGAUAACGGUACAGGAGGCAAUGAUUGUGCAUACUAACCAACCUAGAGGAGAAAAGUGGUCUCUCUCUCAAUUGCCAUGGACUAUGCUGCGGAACAUCAUCGCUGUUGAUUCAACUGCGCGUGAUUGUAUUUAUACACAAGAGACAGAGAACACAGCAGAAACGUUGAAGUCUGAAGGGCAAUCCGUGUUCGAUGUACGCAGUAUAUUUGGUAAAGAUGUUUCCGCAGACGAGUGGUCUUAGUUGCUGGUUUAAAAUUUGUAGUUAUCAGGCAGACCCUGUCUAAUUCAAACUUUUCCAGAAUACUUAUUUUACGGAAAAUAGUAAUAUUAGAGGCUCUCUAUAUGUGAGAUUCAGAUUGCCGGGGAGGUUUCAUUACGGAAUCAAUAAAAUACCGCAUUAAUCAUUUACUUCUCUUCGCCAAAUCGCCCGUGGUACAUGAUUUACAAAUAAAAUAUGUACAUUGUGAUAGACAAAUAACUUGUAGCCAUUGUUCAUUAAUGAUUCAUAUACUGACCUGUAUAAGUCUUAAACUUAUGCUUAUGAUUAAUAUUAUGAUCAUGUAUAUAAACCGCAUAUUUGAUGCGAUCGUUGUGUAAGUUUAAGAUUUUUAAAUAAAAGUACGCUUGAAUCAUAAAGAUUCUUUUAUUCGACAUUACUUGGCGUUAUGUAUCCUGGCGAAGGAAUGAGCAACAAGCUAUGCAAGUACUUAAAAACGCGACACACUAUAAGCUGCAAACCUUCUUCCUCAGUGUUGUCGUGCUUAUUUGGUUUUGUACAUACUUCCUGCCCAUUAUCCACGUAUUUUUAACACUGUAGAUCCUUUGAUUGUAUUAAAGUUUGCAUGUCUUGAAAAAUGUUAUAUUGAAAUAAUAGUGUCUUUACCAAGUAGUUCAAUACUACACAAUGCCACAAAACAUACGAUCCACAACGAGCAGAACUGGGUUUAUUUGUACCGAUAUUCUGUUUUUAUAUCGCUUAUUGUUUGUUCUAAGCAAGAACAUUUUUAAAACAUUUAAACGUGACACACUUCAUAUGUAUCACUGUGUAAUUGUGUAUUGAUGGUUACAUGUAAUGUUCUCGAGAGACACUACUUGUACGUGUACUUGUAUGCAGAUAAAAAUUCGUUUGCAAAAAUUCGUUUUAAAAUGGUUUUUGUUGGCUUACUUGGAUCGCCGAAAUCACGUUCCUAGUGUUAUCAUACAUAUACAAUCUAAAUGUUCACAUAACUAGACGACAUAGUGCACCAAAGGAUGUCCACGCUUUCAUGUACCCGUGCAUGUAGUGAUUCACACUCUCCCUGAUAGGUUGUAUCAUAGUCAUGCAAAUACGGCCUGGGAAACAUCGUCUAUAUAAUAGUUUAUUAAGUUGCUGUUGCUAGAGUUGUUUUUGAAUCUACGCUUUGUUAUUUAAUUCAUUUUGCGACAUAAUGAUGAUAAACUGUAUGUAUUGCGUUUACUUAGUAUGAUUAAACUGUAUGUUUCUCAUGUGUAAGUGUGUAUCUGACCGUCUAUAUGUAUAUCUGAAUAAAAAC